CAUACAGCGCAGCUGCACAUUACGGGACUACGAAAACCUGCUGGCUCAGUCCGCUGGCGGUUGGGCAACGUCGGCAAUUCCUGGCGGGAGUUAGACCUGGGGGGCAAGAGGGCCCUGCAUAACUUAAGGCCGUCUUUAUCACUUUAUUAGAUUUUAUCAGACCCAGCCUGAGCGGGCUCGUCGGUACAGUAAAUCCGGCGUUCGACCGGCCGCGUACUCCUGCCCUGCCGUUGCAAAUUGUUUGCCAUCUGCUGGGUUCUGGGAAUCAGCUGCAUCCUACGGGACUUUACCAACCUGCCUUACCGGUACUGUCCCAUCGCACACCCAAGUCUUCGCGGCCGACAGGGUCCCGCAAAUUGAGCGCAACCCGCUACUUAGCUAAGAUCUCCUCGUGCUCAUGCCGCCCUCGCCGUAUGAUGAUGCGUCCUGAGCGGGCGGGAUCACGACCAAAGCUUUCUGCAGCAGACGGCUUUCCGACUACACUACACUACCGACUCUCGUGCGGCUUUCCGUAUGGCAUCUCUAAAAGUAGAACGGUUGCGCAGCGCCCUCCCGCAGGGCCCCCGGCUCGUAGAGCUCGUCCGGGUGGUCGGUGUGAAGCCGCAUCCCCAGCUGGAAAGGUUCAGCGCUGCAAGCCGGAAAGUCUCGUCCACCCAGGUCACCUGCAAGGCCAUAGGGUCGCCGGCGAGCGGUCCGAUGCGCACCGCAGGUGAUGUGGUGGCGGAUUUCGCCUACCAGGCUAUUGUUGUGGCCAUGUCGGUGUACCUGGUUGCUAUAAUCCUCAUGAAGGCCUGGCACUUCUUGGUGACCAACUGGUCUAAGCUACUGGCGGUAGAGGCCGUCAGCGACAGUCAGGUGGUGCUGUUGACUGUUGGGCUCAUAAUCGUCACAGCGCUCCGCCACCACCGGAGCGUUGGGCGUUUCCUGCAGCUGCCUGAGAAGGUUGACAGACUGGUGACGGAGACGCACAACCUGGGAACACGGCUACAAAACCUGGAGUCAAAGGUUGACGGACUGGAGACGGCGACGCACAACCUGGGAACACGGCUGCAAAACCUGGAUUCACGGGUUGACAGACUGGCGACGGAGAUGCACAACCUGGGAACAAAGGUCGACGGACUCAUGACGGGGCCGCAGGGCGUGAGCCUCAAACCCAGCAAGCCUGCUGAGGAGGUGGGGUAAGGAUGGGCAGGAAAGCUGUGACAGUUGAAGGCAUCAGUUGACCAUUGAUGAUACGUAUCUGAGCACGCAUCGUGGCUGCAGCUCUCACACCUAGUCGCUGGGCUGUCGGAGUCUGCAACCGAUACGGCCUACCUGGCGCAGUGCUGGGCGCCGCCGAGUCUGGGCUCUCCCAUACGGCCCUCCCGCGUUGCUUUGGAGUUUCACGCCGCCCUGGUGGUGGCACCAAUCGGUGCAGGGCUUCCCUGAAUCGGAGUGGGAAGCCGCCGUGUGUUGAAGAAGCUGCUGGACCAGCCCCCCUGGCUGCAUCUGCCGCCUCUUGCUGCCGGUGUGUUUGCGGGGCUGGAUGGCUCGCCUGCAGCGGCCGCCGGUGCGGCAGGUGUGGACGUAUGCUGCCGCGCAGCCGCAGCCUCCACGUUGCAGGUGCCCUGGCAGGCACGCAGCCAGCAAGUCUCCCAAUUACCGGAUGCAUGCAUGGGAGCAGGAAUGGGGUACUGCCCUUUGUUUACUUCACGUACAGUGCAUCCCCUUGGCAUGCAUGCGGCUGCAUGUUGCCAUAGGCGCGGUGCACUUUUGUUCGCUUACUAAUAGAUUAAACCGUUUGAGGAUUUUCUCCCCCGACAUACGCAUGCGUUGUUUUGAGGUGCAAGUCCGCUCCAUCCUAGCAUAUGGUUGUGAAGUGGGGGGACCCGACGUAUUAGCGGAAAUGCUGGACGGCGGCCCACCACCGCGGCGGCAUGACAGCAAUAACCUAGCGCAAGGAACGUUUGAAGCAUGAUCGAGAGAUGAGGCCGUCAACUUUCAAGUGCAGUACAUGAGGAUGCAUGACAGUGGGUACGAAGCGUCCAUCGCAUCGCCUGCUGUUCGCUGAAUUAGCACAAUUACCACUCCAUUUCUUUUUCGCCAAUGGGUGUUACAACGGGAUUGCCGUACUGAAGGAUAGCUCACGAUGCACUAAUCGAUGAAGUACAAGACGUGUUAGUAUAUCCAGAUGGAGAUGGGUGGUGUGCGCGCCU